AUGCUUGACAAAGAUGUGUUCAGUCAGUGCUUAUCGACUGCUGGUCCAGCUGCUAUCGGCUACGGUGCUGGUCUCUGGGGUUCCAGGGGUUGCGGUCUAAAUUCUGGACUUUCUUCUAUUGGAGCGUAUGGUCUAGACGGUAUUGCAGGUCCUGGAGCUGGUCUGUCGGCUUGGGAUUCGAACUACGGCUUAUCCUCAGCAGCUUACGGCGGUUCUGGCAGCGGUGAUGUAUUAGUGUUAGGGCAACUGCCCGUUGCUGGUUCCACACUGGUCGGUGGACAGGAUGUGUUCAGUCAGUGCUUAUCGACUGCUGGUCCAGCUGCUAUCGGCUACGGUGCUGGUCUCUGGGGUUCCAGGGGUUGCGGUCUAAAUUCCGGACUUUCUUCUAUUGGAGCGUAUGGUCUAGACGGUAUUGCAGGUCCUGGAGCUGGUCUGUCGGCUUGGGAUUCGAACUACGGCUUAUCCUCAGCAGCUUACGGUGGUUCUGGCAGCGGUGAUGUAUUAGUGUUAGGGCAACUGCCCGUUGCUGGUUCCACACUGGUCGGUGGACAGGUGCCUAUCCUGGGCUCUGUUUGUUUCGAUGGAGCUGUCCCUGCUGCUGGGUCGGUUUGCAUCGCUGGCAGUUGUGGUUGCGGAUGCAAUGGUUACGUCUAC